AUGAAGGUUAAGGCUGACAGAGAUGAAUCCUCUCCUUACGCUGCUAUGUUGGCUGCCCAAGAUGUUGCCGUUAAGUGUAAGGAAGUCGGUAUCACUGCUGUCCAUGUUAAAAUCAGAGCCACUGGUGGUACUAGAUCCAAGACUCCAGGUCCAGGUGGUCAAGCUGCUUUGAGAGCUUUGGCUAGAUCCGGUUUGAGAAUUGGUAGAAUUGAAGAUGUCACUCCAGUUCCAUCCGACUCUACCAGAAAGAAGGGUGGUAGAAGAGGUAGAAGAUUGUGA